UUUGAAUUCAUUCUAGCUGUGAUCGCCAGCACAUAAAAAGAGUCUGCACAAGCUGCUUUGAUUUUCAUUUCACCUGCAGCGCUCGGUAGUCAUGGCUCUCUCGCGUCAUUUGUGUGUUCUCUUGCUACUGGCAGCCGUGACUGCUGAAGCUGCCAAGAUCCAGACUUACAAAGAGAAGGGCUGCUCUGAGGACCUUACGAACACCUUCACGGUCGUGUGUAACUCUUGCCAGACAUUCUCCGACCAAUCCUCUGUGAAAAUCAGCGACGUCCAAGCCAAGAAUCGCAUUUCCAUUCACGAUCGGAAGAACUGUGAAAACUACUCCAAAGUUGCUGAAAUAUACGGAGGAGCUUGUGUGAACCAGGUCAAAACCAAGAUUCGCGCUGUCUACAUUGCGUGCUGAUCCCCCAACGAUGCCUUUGUCCAUCAGGCACGGCUUCUGGAUCAUGUCGUCGGUGUCUUGAUCAGGGUUAGCUAUGGCCCAAAGUAUAGGCCAAACAUUCAUUUGAGCAAUGCAUGGAUUAAACUGGGAAUAAAUUGUGGGCGAAGAUGUAUCUAGAUUAUAAAGCGUGCCGCUUGUGGACCCAUUAUUGUGGUCAACGACUUCUGGAAGUAAAAAUCUUGAAUGAGCCUUGUCGAGUUUGAUAUUACUCGGUCGAGUCUCCACCUUCUUUAUUAUUCUUACAAUCGCUCGCUACCCCAGAAUGUUUGUGGACAUUUGCAAGAUAAAUAUAAGAAAUUACUUUUC